GCAGCUAUUAGAGCGAAAUCCCGUGUGAGCGCAGAGUGCCCCCUACACACGGCUGCUGGUCUGGCUAUACUUCAACAGCGCCGAGCCCAAAGCGAUCCCUUUCGGCGUCACCUUCUCUUUUCUCUAGAGCAAAACUAGCGCUCAUUCUCCGGGCCCCAGAAGCACCGCAUAGCGGAAUGUGAUUGGCUGACAAUUAGGGCUAAACCCCACCUUGCAGUUACAGCUCAUUUUGCCCGCAGUCCCAAGACGUGUCAAUCUCCAAUUGCCCUGCAUUCUCAUUGGCUGACAGAGCGUGUUAUUCAAAUUGCACAGGCAGCUCCGCCCCCUUUCAACUGACAGCACGUGCCGCGGGGCUACUGGGAAGUCUCCUGAAGGAUCGCCGCUUUUUAGAAACGUCACCACAGAGGAGGCGUGGUUUGAGGUGUUUUAAAAGGUGAUUGGUUGGCCUCUCCAUCUAGAGCCGCCCCUUAUGUACCUGUCGCUCUGGCAUUGGCGAAGAGUGUAAGCUCGGAUUGAAUGUACAGGCGUGGUCUCGCCAACAGGCCCCUCCCCCUUUUCAGCAUUGAGUAGGAAAUGUCAUUGUGAGCAUAGAGCGCAGGAGCUGGAGCUGGCUUCGCGUCCCCAGGCCCGGAUUCCGCUUUCUGCUUUUUCUCACACUGUGAUGUGGACGGUGAGACUAGGAGAGAGAAUUAGAACGCGUGAGGGAAGGAGAAGCCGACAAGGCUGUGUAGUCAGGGACAAUCCGCCUGCCCGCGCACUUUAAACCUUCCUUAGUCGCCACCGAACGCUUCCCUCUGGUGCCCCCACCCCGCCACCUUUACGCACACCCCCACCCCGGGAGGAGGAGGAGCGGCCAGCGGGGGGAAUCCAACAUGGCGGAGCAUGCAGUCCAGGAGAACAAGCACAAAGCGCAAGCCGCCAACUCCGGGGCCUCCUCCCCCGCCCAAAGCUCCGGGCGCUCCGUCGCUUCAGUCAGCAAUAGCAGCGGCGGCGGUGCGCAUUCUCCCGGGGGAGGGGUGGUGGGCCAUGGAGGACUGUCUGGCGGCUUGUCGCAGCCGGCCGGCUGGCAGUCUCUACUCUCCUUCACUAUCCUUUUCCUGGCCUGGCUGGCCGGCUUCAGCUCAAGGCUCUUCGCUGUCAUUCGCUUCGAGAGCAUCAUCCACGAGUUCGACCCAUGGUUUAACUACAGAUCAACACAUCACCUAGCAUCCCAUGGCUUUUAUGAAUUUUUAAAUUGGUUUGAUGAACGGGCAUGGUAUCCACUGGGGAGAAUAGUAGGUGGAACAGUAUAUCCUGGACUAAUGGUUACAGCUGGGCUCAUCCAUUGGAUUUUAAAUAUGUUAAACAUAACAGUUCAUAUACGAGAUGUGUGUGUGUUCUUAGCACCAGUAUUUAGUGGCCUUACAUCAAUUUCGACUUUCCUGCUCACUCGAGAACUGUGGAACCAGGGAGCGGGACUUCUGGCUGCCUGCUUCAUUGCUAUAGUGCCAGGAUACAUAUCCAGAUCAGUAGCUGGAUCAUUUGACAAUGAAGGCAUUGCUAUUUUUGCACUGCAGUUUACAUAUUAUUUGUGGGUAAAAUCUGUAAAAACAGGUUCUGUCUUCUGGACAAUAUGUUGCUGUCUGUCUUAUUUUUAUAUGGUGUCUGCCUGGGGUGGUUAUGUGUUUAUCAUUAAUCUUAUUCCACUACAUGUGUUUGUGUUGUUACUGAUGCAGCGAUACAGCAAGAGAGUCUAUAUAGCUUACAGCACUUUUUACAUUGUGGGUUUAAUACUCUCGAUGCAGAUUCCUUUUGUGGGAUUUCAGCCAAUUCGGACAAGUGAGCAUAUGGCAGCCGCAGGGGUCUUUGCCCUGCUUCAAGCCUAUGCCUUCCUUCAGUACUUGAGAGACAAACUAAGUAAGCAGGAUUUCCAGACACUGUUUUUCCUGGGUGUAUCAUUGGCUGCUGGAGUCGUAUUCCUCACUGUCAUCUAUUUGACUUAUACAGGCUACAUUGCUCCGUGGAGUGGAAGAUUUUACUCACUUUGGGACACAGGGUAUGCAAAAAUCCAUAUCCCUAUUAUUGCAUCUGUGUCUGAACAUCAACCAACAACAUGGGUGUCCUUCUUUUUUGAUCUGCAUAUAUUAGUAUGUACAUUUCCUGCAGGGCUCUGGUUCUGUAUAAAAAAUAUCAACGAUGAAAGAGUUUUUGUUGCUCUGUAUGCAAUUAGCGCAGUGUACUUUGCUGGCGUGAUGGUUCGUUUGAUGCUGACCUUGACUCCUGUGGUUUGCAUGCUGUCUGCCAUUGCCUUCUCCAAUGUUUUUGAGCAUUAUCUGGGGGAUGAUAUGAAGCGGGAAAACCCCCCAGUGGAAGACAGCAGUGAUGAAGAACGAAAUUCUGGUACACUCUAUGAUAAGGCAGGCAAAGUGAGAAAGCAUGUGUCGGAGCAGGAGAAAGCAGAGGAAGGUCUUGGCCCUAACAUAAAAAGUAUUGUCACCAUGCUGAUGCUAAUGCUGUUAAUGAUGUUUGCUGUACACUGUACAUGGGUAACUAGCAAUGCUUACUCCAGCCCCAGUGUGGUAUUGGCGUCAUACAAUCAUGAUGGAACGCGGAACAUCUUGGAUGACUUCAGAGAAGCAUACUAUUGGCUAAGGCAAAAUACUGACGAACAUGCCCGUGUUAUGUCCUGGUGGGAUUAUGGCUACCAAAUUGCAGGAAUGGCUAAUCGAACCACUUUAGUUGACAACAAUACAUGGAACAAUAGUCACAUAGCUUUGGUUGGAAAAGCAAUGUCUUCGAAUGAAACUGCUGCCUAUGAAAUUAUGAAAAGCUUGGAUGUAGAUUAUGUACUUAUAAUAUUUGGAGGUGUAAUUGGAUAUUCCGGCGAUGACAUCAACAAAUUCCUUUGGAUGGUUCGGAUAGCAGAAGGGGAACACCCAAAAGAUAUCAGGGAAAGUGACUACUUCACACCACAAGGAGAGUUUCGUGUAGACAAAGCUGGAUCUCCAACCUUGCUCAAUUGUCUCAUGUAUAAGAUGUCGUAUUACCGAUUUGGUGAAAUGCAGCUUGAUUUCCGAACACCACCUGGUUUUGAUCGGACACGUAAUGCUGAAAUUGGGAAUAAGGAUAUCAAAUUCAAGCAUUUGGAAGAAGCAUUUACAUCAGAACACUGGCUUGUUAGAAUAUACAAAGUUAAACAGCUAGAGAACAGAGAGGCACUUGAUCAUAAACCUAGAGUAACCAAUAUUGUACCAAAACAGAAAUAUUUAUCAAAAAAGACAUCUAAGAGGAAGCGCGGCUACAUUAGGAACAAGCUUACACUGAAGAAAGGCAAGAGACCAAACAAGAAGACCGUUUAAACAAACUUAUCUCACAGGAACCUGUCCUGGAGAUGGCCAGCAUUUGCCUUUAGGUGAACUCAUGUUUCUACACCAACAUGAGGGUACAGAACCAUCUUUGGUCAAGUUAUUGUACACAUUUUUCAGGCAAUGUCUGAUACAAUAUAUAUAUAUAUAUAUGUAUAUAUAUAUAUAUAUAUAUAUAUAUAUAUAUAUAUAUAUAUUGGCUUAUUAAGAACAGCUGUUAUAGAUUUGUAAUGUGAAGCCAGACAGAUGCUGUAUCUGAAAAAAAAGCAGCAUUUUUUCUUUUCUUUAUUUUUUUAUUUUGGGUUUCUUUUUUUUUCCAAACAAUUUGGACAGCACCAAAGAGCCCUCUAAUUUGGUCAUUGGCACAUGCAUACUUGUCAGUUUAUUGGUAUUUUCUUUUUUUUUCCUAAUAAUUAAAAUAAUAAACACAUUGCAUUUUUUCCAUAAUGCCCAGACAGGAAUAACAGGAUAAGUGAAUUUAGUGGGUUCUUGAAGUAAACAAUUCAUAUGCCUGUCAAUUGUAAUAAAAAGAAAUUACAAGGAUAAAGCAUGAUAUAUUGAAAUUUAAACAAUAAAGUAAAAAUUUGUUCGCUCUAGCUGUUUUUAUUUGUAAGAAUUUCAAGCUGUACAAAGAAUAAUUGUCUUUGGUCUUUACCGGGCAUGUGGAAGUUAUACUACAUUCGCUUUUACUUUUGUAUAAUCUAAAACAAUCAAUGAUGAAUCAGAAUGGCAUCCAGGACAUUAAUAAAAGGCACAGUGAACAGAGAAGCCCAAACUGUGCUGGCUCUGGGGGAGCCGCCCUUGUAACAUGAAUAAUGCCUCUUUCAUAUCAUCAACAAAAUCCUGUUAUUUGUGUUUUUUAUUGAAUUGUUUCCACUAUGAGGCCCAUAGCUUUCUGGGGAACAGUAAUUGAAAGCUGGUUAAUACCCAUUCUUCUAGUCUAGACCGCAAAUUCAUUGGAACCCAAGCAGUAGCACAAAGCUACUGAAUGCUUUUGUUGUAUUUAGAGUUCUAGAGCAAAUUUGGGCAGUUGUAUUGAAUGCUUACAGCUUUCAGAUGUUUUUAUGUAAGCAGUUAUACAGUUCUACAAUUACUUUGAUGAAUAGUAACGUGCAACAGAGGGUAUCUUUUAAAUGCCGCCCUGAGAUUCUGGAAUUUUUGUGAAUUCUUUUUUUUGUUUUGGUUUUUUAAUAAUUUGACUAUGAAUUUGGUUUCCUUUGGCUUAAUUUGAUAUCUCAUUUUUGUGUGUUCUUUGUAGACAAAAAAUGACAAUUAUGUCAAUUGAAAUGCACUAUACUGUAAAUGGGGUAAAGAAUAUGGGUGGAUCUGGUAAUAUUCUGGCUCUGCUCAUUUUGCAGACUUUUUUUUUUUUUUUCUAGAUCUUGAUGGGUAACAAUACUGUGUGUUGCACCUAAAGCAGAAUUUUUUGAUAUAUAUGGCACACCAAUAAAUACUAGUGAAAACAGGAUAAUACAGUGUGCACCAUAUGCAUCAGAAAGCCAGCUCCACCUGUAAAUUCAGGCAACAUUGCAACUGAAUUUCAAGUGUAGGAGGAAGGUGAUGGUAUAUAGCAACUUCACAGUAUAGUGACUGUGUCCCAAAAAGAUAAAUCUAUUUACAUAGAGUUUGUACUUUUUUUUUUUUUUUUCUUCUUCUGCUUAAAUUAAAGCCCUUAGGCUACUGCCAGAUGGGGCUGAUUCCGCUGGCCUCUGGUCCCUCCUCUUUCUGUACCAAGAGGCACAGUUUGUUGGCCUGGGUGCAGUCACACACAGCAGAUUUUGUAGCGGAAAUGUGUGGGUUUGCUUUUUCACACCAAAAUCUACUCCUUGCCCCAGGUCAAAACACAGUGCCUCUCGGUACAGACGUAGUGAACAGAGGCCAGCGGAUUGGUUGAUUCUAAACCUGCAUUUAUACAGAAGCCAAGAAUCAGCCCCAUCUGGCAGUAGCUAUAGCGUUACUUAAUUGUCAAGCAUUUUCAUGUGACUCUGACAUAAAGUGACUAUAUGGGGGGGGGGGGGGGUGGUAUGUUUGUCUAGAAUUAAAGAAACCGCUUAAAACUUGUUUAAAUAUAGGGGAAUAAAGUUUUAUUAAUACUUUCCUUUGUGUCUUGUUUUUGUUUGAAAUGGCCAUGUAUCCAGCGUUUCAUCUGUCAUGGCAAUGAAUAUAAUAUUGGUUAUUGAUUAGGCAAAUAGUUCUUUUGCUUUAAGAUUUUUGGUAUAGAUAAAAGAAACCAUAAAAUUAUUUUCAAGAUGUUUAUUGAAGAGACGUGUAAAUGGAAUUGCAGUAAAAUAAAAACUGGAAAACAUUUCUUUUCAAAUAAAAAGGGAAAACUUUG